AGACAGUAACACAUGCUCUCCUCUCCCCCUGCCCCCUUUUUAAUUUAGGUAAAGGAGGUAAAAAUAGGCGACGAGGUAAGAAUGAGAAUGAAUCAGAAAAAAGAGAACUGGUGUUCAAGGAAGAUGGGCAAGAAUAUGCCCAGGUCAUCAAAAUGUUAGGCAACGGAAGACUGGAGGCAUUAUGUUUUGAUGGUGUGAAGAGGUUAUGUCAUAUUAGAGGCAAACUAAGAAAAAAGGUUUGGAUAAAUACAUCUGAUAUUAUACUGGUCGGCUUAAGAGACUACCAGGAUAACAAGGCUGAUGUUAUUCUAAAGUACAAUGCAGAUGAAGCCAGAAGUCUGAAAGCAUAUGGGGAGCUUCCAGAACAUGCUAAAAUCAAUGAAACAGACACAUUUGGUCCUGGAGAUGAUGAUGAAAUCCAGUUUGAUGAUAUUGGAGAUGAUGAUGAAGAUAUUGAUGACAUCUAAUCUGGAACAGAAGUUUACAUUCCGACUUUCUUCCUCCAAGGAUUGUUCUACAUUGAUAUUUCAAUUAUUUUUUGGGUGAAGUCCCUUUCUUUUAAGAAGACUGAAAAUUCUCGGUAAAGAGUGUAGUUUGUUACAUCAAAAGGAUUUAUUUUCAAUGUUUGUUUUAAACUAUUUAUAUUUCUUUAGAAAUGGAUAAUGCUGGAUUAUCACAAAGGUUCAAUCAAAUGCCACAAAUAUUUUCUCUUCACCAAUUAGAGCUUUUACCUCUGGAUGUAAGUGAGAUACAGUGACAUGGGCUGUAAAAGACUGCAUUCUUCUCUCUCUGCUUUCAUCACUACAAUUCCAGUUAAACUUGUAUUUUGAAAUAAAAUUGUUUACCCUGUAAUUAUCAUGGAUUUCAAUUAUAUACAAAUACCCAGUUCGGAUUAGUAUAAAAUCGUACUAUGCAGUGUCUGUCCUUAAAACCCUUGCCUUGAUGUUAACUUUAAAAAGAUUUUGAUAAUAUAAAAAGGAAGGCAGAAAUCUGCAUUUACAUUCAUAAUGCAUGAUGAAUCUGCUUUUCACAUCUAGUAGCAUGCUGCUAUUUUUAUACUGAUUUUGAUAAUUCAAAACGCUUGUUAUUUCAAAGAUGUAAAUUUGCCCCAGUGGAGUGGCAGGGGAGAAGUAAAGGUGAAAAGCAAGCAGCAUCUCAAAUUUGCAGUUGUUGAAAACUAUCUUGUCCACGUAGCUCUUCUGUGGUGUGAAGUCCAGUCGUCGAGCUGUGGUUGCAGAAGAUGAACACUGGGUGGCACCCAACUUGCCACGGAUACCUGAAUACAAAACAUUAACAGCUGGGUUUGUACUGAAAAAGACGUAAAACUAGUUUUUCCCCAAAGUGAAUGCUUAACAUUCUUGAUAUGUUAAACGUGUAGAAUAUUUUUACAUAAUAGAAAAGGUUAUGUUAAGAGUAGAGUUUUAUUUUAAUCUUAAAUUCCAUACAUUGUAAGGUACAACAUUAAAGCUUAUGUGGACUUUGAAUAACGAUAUGAAUGAGAAAAUUAAUUUGUCAAACAUAGGAAAAGAAUCUUUUCAUCCCGAAUAAAUCACUGACACAGACCAGUGGAAAGAUUCUUCUCCACCUUCAGACUGGAGGAGUCAGUUAAGAAGCUGAAUAAAGACUAACAUCCUCAUGCAAAUAUUAUUUUGUGGUAGACUUAGUUUCUUUGUCUUCAAUUAUGUAUCUGACAACUCUGAGAGCAGGUUAAUGGAAAACUUCCUUUUGUGCCAUAACAAUCUGAUUCUUGACACUUGUAUUCGUUAUACAGUCUUUUUGGUAUGAUGUAAAGUGACUACCCCAUUAGAUAAAAACAAAAUGGCUUUAAA